AUGUCUUCAUUUGCCUUGUUGGACCAACUCAAAGAAAAUGAAUUGGACACCAACACAAUCAUGUCUUUUCGAUCGAAACAUCAGAGCCAAUCCAAAAAGAAAGCCGAAAAGAAAUCAUUGUAUCGAGAGGAGUUUUCACACAUUGCAUUCAAUGAAGUCAUUUGGUUUCAAAUGUUAACUUUUUUAGAUUUUAAAUUCUUGUUUCAAUCAUGUGCUCGAAUUGAUAAGAUGAGAUGCGAAAUGAUUUACUCUAAGCCCAUGUGUCAACAUGUCUUGAUAUGUGAAUUUUUUACAUUGCUGAAUGGAGAAGAGGAGAAAGAUACUCGAGUGUGGUUUAAGAAAUUUAUGCCUUUGAAACCAAUGACUAAAGUGUUGACAAAUGCCGAUCCUCAAUGCCUAUUUAAGGAAAUUAGAGAACUUGUGUCAGAAUCAUGUAGUGAUUUGAAAGAUCAAACAUUCACAACGCCAUCUCAUAUUUCUUCAAUUAUUUAUCCAUUGACCUUGCGUACUUAUUCUGGAAAAGACACUUUUCCAGUUUUUGUGAAAUUAUUUCACAAACUCUCAAACAGAAAAUUUCUCAUUCGUGGUUUAAAUAACCAAUUACGGAAGAGAUAUCCACAAUACAAAGCUCCAACCUAUUACACAAACCUUUUUCAAACACAUGAAAGCGCAAUUGAUCCACACACGAGGAGACAAUUUCAUUGCAAUCAUUUCGAGAAUGUGAUUCAAAAGAUUUCAGCACAUCCUCUCAAAAUGACUUCACAAUGUAAGGCAUAUGGAAUCUCCAUGGAUAUCAGUCAUUACACACCAGAACAUAGAAAUAGAAAACAUUAG